UUAUUUUUUUCAGUAUGUGAUUGAGAUUUUCUUUCUCUCUGUUCGCUCCGUUUUGGUUGCAAAACAGCCUUCAGUGUCCAACGGUUCAAGUUUAGCCAUCAUUUUAGGUUAUUUACUACUUACUAGAUUACCACUGAAUGUUCCAAGUAUUCUCUUCGAAUCAUGGGCAUCACCUAGGCCCAUGAUUUAACCAUUUUAUAAAUGGUUUUAGCUACAAACUAGGUAUGGGAAAAUAAAUUGUAUCCGAAAACUUGAAUUGAACCCGAUCCAAUAAAAAUAAAUUUGAACCGAUCAGAACCCAAAAUAUCGAAUGGAUCUUGUUUUAUGGUAUUUCGGAUAAUGAGUAUUAUCCGAACCGAACCCGAACCUAAAUGGAUAUCCGAUGGAACCCGAAACAUUCAAAAUCAAAAAAAAAAACUUGUACCAAACAUGAUCUCAGUUCCUAAUGUAUAUUGAACAUAUCUAUAAUAAAGGAGACUUGUGCUGUGUAAACAGCCCUCCACGUGAUCAGAUAGAUAGGGGCAUUUUUCGCCACCUGUCGAAACACACCGUUUCACUUCCUUUAAGCAAUUCUGUGACUCUUCAGCUCUAUUUUCUUAGACUUGUACCAAACAUCUAUAAUAAAGGAGACUUGUGCUGUGUAGACAGCCCUCCACGUGAUCAGAUAGAUAGGGGCAUUUUUCGCCACCUGUCGAAACACACCGUUUCACUUCCUUUAAGCAAUUCUGUGACUCUUCAGCUCUAUUUUCUUAGACUUGUACCAAACAUGAUCUCAGUUCCUAAUGUAUAUUGAACAUCUACAAUAAUUAUCUAUACAUGAAGGUUGAUGGUUAAAGGUGGCGGUUGAAGCUUGAAGUUUUAGAUUUUGGUUUUGUUUUCAUUGAAUAAUGCAUGAGAACUUGGUCUUCUUUUUAUGCUUUCAUUUAUUUGGUUUUAUUCAUAUCAAUAAUUAUUUUUAUCUUUUGUUUGAUUUUGAAUUAUCACGUUUGAUGUUCUUUUUUUUUAUUUUUGAAUCUAUUUUACUUUAGUUUUGGUUACAAAAUGGUACAAUAUUUAAAAAUCAAAGAACCGAUUUUAUUUUUUGGUUACAAAGUAGAUACAAAUCAGGUAUAGUUAAACCGAAGAACCGAUUAGGACGCGAACGUGAAAAUGCAUUAAGUUGUACCGGUUCUUUACUUUCAUAGAACUCGAAUAUGGCUGAUUUUGAUAAAUCCAAAAAAUCAAGAUUCGAUUGGAUAAAAUUGAGACCCGAUUAGAUAAAACCGAAAUCCAAUUUGGACCCUGAAUAUCGAGGUCUGUUACAGACGAGUGAAACAUAAAAUUUAGAAAAUACUUUGCAAAGACUUCUUCUUUUGUUUGGCAAUGAAAGUGUUUUUCUAAUAUUUAAUUCUUCUUGAUAUAUGUUUAGUAAGAGCAUUUCUAAAAGGCCCUCAAAUCUUCAAAUUUUGUGGUUUUUACUUUUUAAAAAAUCUUCAAAUCUUCAAAUUUUGUGUUUAAUAUUUUUAAUGUGAAUGUAUUAUUUAUCUAUAUAAAAUUUAGUGACUAUAGUUAAUUUUUAUUAAAGUAAAGACUAAAAUGCAAAUAAUAUAACAUUUUAAAAAUAAAUUUGAAGUUUAUUUUUGGAGCAACCCAUCCUCGAAUUUUCAUUUGGAGAAUUCUUCAUCUUCAGAAUGAGGUUCUUUCUUGGAAAUGUUCUGAGAACGGCCACAAUCAGCAAUACGUACAAGAGAAAAAUCUUAAGUGAUGCGUAGCAAAAUCACAAUUACUUCGCUUUUAAUACAUAGUAAGAUUUUUAAUACAUAUACAGUAGGAUGGGUUCAUAAACCAAAACUUGAAAUCAUUUAUUCAACGAAAACAAAGCAAUUUAAAAAUUCCCAAAAAGAAAUAUAAUUACAAUUUUACGGACAGCAAACGGACUUACAACUUAUGCACCAACACGAGGAAAUAGUAGUUGAAAGUAGGUUCGAAUCAAACAUAAACCAUAGAGAAUUUAAAAAACAAAAUCAGUUGGUUCAUCAACUCAGAAUCUACCUUCACCCUUUUAUUCUCACAUAACUCCUCCACUUUUCUUACUGUCUUACAUUUUCACCCUUUAAAAACCAUCAAACAAAUCUUUUUCAAUGAACACACAUUUGGAUCGUUCGUGAAAAAAAACACACACAUUUGGAUCUCUUCAACGACAUGAAGUACUUACUCGUUUUUUUUAUCGUUCUUGGACUCAACGCGAUCAAUGGCUACGAUUGCAAGAUCGUCCAGUUUAUAUUUGGAGAUUCAUUGUCCGAUGUAGGUAACAAUAGAAACCUACCGAGGAGUUUAGCUCAAGCGAAUCUUCCCUUUUACGGUAUAGAUUUUGGCAACGGUUUGCCUAAUGGAAGGUUCACUAAUGGCCGAACUGUUUCAGACAUUAUAAGUGAUAAAAUUGGGUUACCAAGACCAUUAGCCUUUCUAGAUCCAUCAAUGAAUGAAGAUGUAAUACUUGCAAAUGGAGUGAACUACGCCUCAGGAGGUGGUGGAAUCUUGAAUGAAACUGGUGGUUAUUUCAUCCAAAAAUUUUCUCUAUGGAAGCAAAUAGAAUUGUUCCAAGGGACACAAGAUGUAAUUGUGGCAAAGAUAGGGAAAAAAGAAGCAGAGAAAUUCUUCCAACAAGCUGGAUACGUCGUCUCUUUAGGCAGCAAUGACUUCAUUAACAACUACUUGAUGCCUGUCUAUAGCGAUUCUUGGAAGUACACUGAUCAAACAUUCGUCGACUACUUAAUGGAAACACUUGAAUCUCAACUUAGGGUGUUGCAUAGUUUGGGAGCGAGGAAGCUAAUGGUGUUUGGGUUAGGACCAAUGGGUUGUAUCCCACUCCAAAGAGCUUUAAGUCUCGAUGGUAAAUGUCAAAACAAAGCGAGUAGUCUUGCUGUGAGAUUCAACAAAGCUGCCACCACAAUGCUUAAAGAUCUUGAAACCAAGCUCCCAAAUGCAAACUACAAGUUUGGUGAAGCUUAUAACCUCGUCAACGAUGUUAUCACUAACCCACAAAAAUACGGAUUCGACAACUCGGAUUCGCCGUGUUGCUCGUUCUACAGAAUCAGGCCGGCGCUGACGUGUAUUCCGGCGUCGACAUUGUGUAAAGACAGAAGUAAGUAUGUGUUUUGGGAUGAGUAUCAUCCCACCGAUAAGGCCAACGAGCUCGUUGCUAAUAUUCUUAUCAAGAGGUUUGACUUCAUGCGUGCUGAUGACGGUACCUCCGAGGCUCCUUCUCCGUCCCCGGAUCUAGCUCCUUCUCCCGAUGAUAAAUAACUGAUAGUUGUCUUAAUUAUACAUACGUAAUAAUUUCAGUUUCUGUCUGUUUUGUUGAUCAUGCUGUGGAGACUCAGGAGAGUCUCGUUUGUUCUUGAUUUAAUUUACCUUUUCUGUUUGGUGAAAUAAUGUUCUUUGUUUUCUGUAAUAUAUUGAUAUUCCGUUGUAUUGGUUCACUCCCAAAUUUGUUUUAUAAUAGUAAACUAGAUCUUAAUAAACACAA